AUAUGCCUUAAGGUAGAUACUGGUAGAUACCCAAUUUCCACUCCUUGACGUAUCGGUGUUCAGUGUUGUUUACGACACUGUUGUGUGUGUCAGCUGUUGUGUUUUGCGUUAUUACUUGAGUGGAUUUUUAGUGAGUUUCGAGGGCUGGUAGAUGAUAGAGCGACGAUAGAUUACGUGCGGAUAUUUUGAGGUUACAUUUGGGACAAAGUUGCAAAAUUCACCAAUAUUGUCGCAACGUUCCAAAGCUGAGAGGUUAUAUGCACUCACAACGAAAGAUCUUGUGCCUGAUUUGGAUAAAUCAUCUGACAAACGUUACCUGAUUGACUUGGAACUUCAAUUUUCCGGAAAUGUCAAAACGAAAGCAUAACAUUGCAUACAUAAAACCGGACGAGCCAAAGUUUUUAAGAGAGUUAAAAGCUAAGGCCGGUUACAAGGAAAGACCUUCUAUUGAGACGAAGAAAGAAGCUCUGCCAACAGCCACAGACGAGGAUUACGAAGAUCGUGAUGAAGAGUUACCCACUGUAGUUGUAUUAAACAAUGGUGAUUUAACUGCUGAAGAAGCAGCUGCUUUCGAACUUGCGAAAGAAAAAGAGGAAGCUCAAACCCCAGCAGAUCUGUCCAAGAAGAUAAUCUUUACAAAAACAAAGUCUGCACCGAAAGAUUCGAAAAAAAAUACAGAGACUGAAUCUUCGCUUCCCAAGAAAAGCAAAAAAUCCAAGAAAACUAAAGUUAUUCUUUCAUUCAAUGAAGAUGAAGAGGAUUGACAAUAUUUUAUGAAAUAUUACUGACUAGGGUGAUCAGCUUUAAUAUCAAGUUACCAAAGUGAGACUUUGAAUUUCGACAGUCAUCAGCGCGGUUUUACCCUGAAAGAAAAAUGAAUAUUGAUAAUUGAACUGCAGAUUUUGGAUUAAUAACGUCAACUUCAUGAACUACGUAAUUGUAUUUGCAGCGAUGUGUAUGUGAUAAAGGAGACUUUGUGUGUAUUCACAUCUCGCUUUGAUAUCUUUUCUUGUUAAUAAAAAGAAUCACGUUGCAGCAAGCAAA